UGCACCAUCACCAUCGAUUCGAUGGACGCAUCCCUGCAGCCGUCGAAGCUCGCGGGCUUGCCGUCCCUCAUACGCAAACAUGCAGAAGCGGCAGCGAGGGGCUCACAGCCCAGUUUCCAGCGGAUCAUGAAGAAUCUUGUCAGCUUGAACCAGCUCUCUUACAAGGAGGUCGGGUUGCUGCUUCCCGUGUUCUAUAGCACGCUGGACACCCAGCCGCUCGCCAACCUGCGAGAAUCGAUGGCGGCGGAUGAUGACUCGGAAGCUCUCGCAGCGGCUGGAGAGCUUGUGUGGCGCGUCAGAGCGUCAAUUGAUGCGCUCUCAUUGCUGAUGUGGUACAAGGGGAUUCCGGAGAGCGCCGUGACGGAGUUAUGGGCACGACUGUGGCCGUGGAUCGACUUGAUCGAUGAAUACCUGGAGGCGCUGCCUGCGCUCGCCGUCUCCGACUACCCGCUCCAGCACACGCACGUGCUGAUCACGAGCGUGAUCUACUGGAUCGGGAAGCUCCAGCCAUUCGACACCCCAAACGACAUUGCCCGCGUGCCCGGGUUCUUCCGCGUCGUCGCGCGUGGCUGGCGCUACCUCCUGUUUUCACCAGACCCAGCGCUGGCGCGCGAGCACGCAUGGAAGGUGGUCAUCAUCAUGAACCGGCUCGACCGCUAUGCCCGCCUCGGGCAUAUGCGCGACAUGGUGCGCGGUGCGGGCGGCAGCCACUCUGACCUGGCUGCGCUUAUUGUGGGCCAGUUUGCGCAUGUGUUCCCUGCGCCGGAUACCCCCGUCACCCAGACGACGGUCGAGGGCAUUGCCGGCCUUUCGCGGCUGAUCGCGAAGGGUAUCUUCCCCACGGGCGAGCACAACGAAUCCUAUGUCGAACUGGGGGAUGCGAUGUGGGCCCUCAAGUUUGGUCGCCGGUUGACAUAUGCUAUGCGCUCCUUGGAGUCGUGUCGGGUGCCUGCCACCCGCGACACAGCGUCGAUGCUCUCAAACUAUUACUUUGGCCGGCUGGCUCUCGGAUUCGUGGGCCCGCGAGGGAGGGAAAUAUUCAUCGAGGCCUUGCGUGCGGGAUAUCUCCAUGUCAUCCUCAGUCGCGCAGCGGACAAUGGGCCGCAUAGUUCGGCAAUUAUGCUGCGAAACCAGUUGCAGCAGGUACUUCCGCAACUCACCGUGUACCGCUCUGUGGUAAAGGUGUUGCGUACGGCGUCGGGGGAGAUAAUCGAGCGCGAGCGGGGCGAGAAGGGCACCUGGACGGAGGACAUGCGGGUUGCGUGGACUGGGUUUGGUGCGAUAGCUACACAGAGGAAAGACUUCCUCGACAGGUACGAAGGGAUGAGCGAAAAGCGGCUGAAGAUGUGUUGCAACACUGCGUGCGGAAAAUUCGUCGAUCGAGCGUCGAUGGGCAGCUGUGGAGGAUGCCGUUCAGCUGUCUACUGCUCCCGCGAAUGCCAGCGCGGCGACUGGCUCGCCCAUAAAGCCAUCUGUCUCUCAAAAACCGCGCCACCGCCCAGCCUGCUGGACCUCACACGGAAUGACCGCUCCUUCCUUAAGUCCCUCCUCAACUACGAAUACAGGGUGAACCAACAGCAAAUCGCGAUGGAUCUCCUCGCAUAUUUCUACACUCAUCCGGCCCCCACCUCCCUCCCGUGUACACUAUUCGACCUUUCUAUUGGCUGGUCUCAGAUCCGCGUCGCAGCCACGCCACCCACCGGCGCGCUGGGCCCGGACGACGGAGCUGCACAGGCGCUGCGGGCCGUCUCUGGUCGCGCGCGUCGGUCCGGGGGCCGUAUUCAGCUGCACUUCGUCGGCCUCAACAUGGCCGCACACGGUGAUACCGUGCAGUACCGCCUCCGCUGGGAACUCGUACCGAUGUACUCCGCAAGUGCGGUUCUCAUAAGCGGUGUGCGGACCAUCGCUGCGAGGAUACGCGCCAUCGCAAAGAAACAGGGGAGGACAGCGAGCGGUGUGCCUGACCUGACGCCGUACAAGGAUGACGUGAAGCACUUGUUGAGGUUUCAGUUCACAGAGACGCAUUGA